UGGUUAGAACAGUGGGCGGAUCCAACGACGGGUUGACUUCAGCUAGCCAGUUUUAUCAUCAUCAGUUUGGUACACAUAUCACAUGUCCCAUUUCUUUCCUCCUUAAUAUUUACUUAACCACAUGAGCAGGUUGCAUUGAAGUCCACCCUUUUUUUUCUUUUGAAACAAUUAAUAGCUCCAAUGAGCCACCUUUUGGUUUAGUUGUCGCUGAGCAUGACAAACCGGAGCGUUCGACUUCAGACAUGGAGCUACCUGCGUCUCACAGCCAAGCAAAGGGCAGCGGCUGUUUCGACAAGAGCUGCUCGUCUCUCACGGUGGACGACGUCUACGAGAUUGCCAAAGUGAUCGGGAUCGAGCUGGAGAAGCUCAUCGACGGCUACGGCAAGGAGAGCGUGCUGGGCCUGGUGCCAAGGGUGGUGAAAGUGCUGGAGCUUCUGGAGAGCUUCACGGCCAGGAAUCACGCACACAAACACAGGGAAGAAGAGUUGCUGCGGACAUUCGAGAGCUUAAAGCUGCAGCAAAAGAAAUGGGCGGUCAAGGACAACGACGAAGUCAACGAAAAUCACGAAACCAGGCAGGAGCAGCAAGAGCAGCAGCAGAAGGAACAACGAUGGAGGAGCAAGUGUGAGGAACUGCAAGUUCAAAUCCAGCAGCUCCAGGAGAACAACGGGGAGCUGCAGAGCAGGCUAAAAGGCAGCCAUGCGCAGGAUGAUCGCAUCCAGCAGCAGGAGCGAGAAGUGAUGCUGAAGCUGAAGCAGGUGGUGGACAAGCAGAGAGAUGAGCUCAGGUCCAAAGUCCAAGAGAUCACCACCAUCUCCAAGGAGGUGGAGGCGCUCCAGGAGCAGUUGGAACGCUUCAUGAAAAUGAACGCGGAGCUGCGACACAAGCAGAACGUGCUGCAGGCCCAGCUCAAGAGUACGGUGGAGAGAAAGGCCGACAUGGAGGCCGACCUGAAAGAGAAAGACAAAGUGAUCGAGAAGCUGCAAGCGCAGAUGGACAGAAACCACGGCAACAGUCACUCCAGUCCAAGUCAGGUGAAUAGGAAGACAGAGCCUUCAGAUGCCCACCAGAAUCUUGACCAGCCUUGCUUCACCAAGAAGGAGGUGCGGGACAUCAUUUUCGAGCGGAAUGAGCUCAAAACCAACCUCUUCCUGGUGCAAGAAGAGCUGAAUUACUAUCAAAGGGAGAUUCUGAGCGAGGAAAGGUGUCCCGGGUUCCUCUUGGAAGCCGUGCGAGCUGCCAUUCAUAAAAGAAGAAAAGUCAUCAAAGCCAAGAUGCUUGGAAUUCCUCCCCCUGAUAGCAGCAGUGACGAGGAAGAAGACAAAGGCCCUGUGACAGAAGUGGAUGGCACUGAAAAGCCAGCGGAGUCACGCAUCCGAAACCUCUUUGGCUUCCUGACGUGGUCGGGCAGUGGCCGGGGCCCCACCCACAUGAGCAACUCCACGUCCGGCUGGGAGAUCAUCGCAGACUCCGAGGCCAGCGGGGAGCCGUAGCACUAAAUGGCCUCCUGGGGCACUGGCAGACAUGAGAAGCCUGUUGCAAGGUUUUUUUUUAAUGAGCUUUCCUGCAUUAUCGCAAGAAUACUAUGCAACUGUCAAAAGAGACAGACCCUCUCACAUUUUCUUUACCUCAUCAUAUCACAUUUUUUAAUGCAUUUAAUUUUAAGUCAUGAAAAAACUUCUCCAUAGUGGCUAAAGCUCACUUAUCUGGAAAACAGUGAUCACUAACAUAUGUUUAUAUGCAUGCAUCUUUUAUUUCUUUUAGAACCAAAAACUAACCAAUACACAUUUUUUUUCAAUGAGAAGUGCACUGCAAGGGCGGGAGAUAAAAAAUGUAAGGUUGAGCACUUAUACAUUUUGAUAAAUUAUAAAUUGUGGGCAGCGUGGCUUAGUGGUUGUUUCCCAGCCCAGAGGUUGGUAGUUUGAUCCCGGCCAGUGUCGAAGUGUCCUUGAGCAAGAUACUAAACCACCAGUUGCUCCUGAUUCUGUGUCAUCAGCAGGUGAAUGAGGUAAAAGUGUAAAGCGCUUUGAGUACCUGAGAGUACAAUAAUAAUUUAGCCACACUUCAAUUUUGCAACUUUUACUUAAUUCGGGGAAUUUGAACUCAUUUGUGAUGAGGUAUCUUCCGGCAUUUAGCAGCCACUGUAUUUUAACCCCAUGGGCCUUAAACCGCUGCUUGAAUUGCUUAAUGUGCUGUAUGUUUGUAUGUCGUCGGAAGCUAUUCUCGCAAGGAUUUAUUUGGAUUUUGUACAGAAAGUAAAGCAAUGUCAUGAGUCGAGAGAAAAAAAUCAUAUUUUAUGGGUUACCAAACUUUUUUUAAAUGAUGGAGAGAGAAAAAAAACCUAUAUUUAUGUGUAAAAUAUACAUCUAUAUUUGUCAUAACCCUAACUCCCAAUGCCUAACUGCUUUGAGAUGAGGAUGAACAUGGACUUUUGUCCACUCUUUCAGGUCUUAUUUCUACAGUGUUCUGCAACCUUUAUUUGGAUACCAGACAUGCACGCUCAUGGUGUUGGCAAACAGUCCAGUUGAAACACAGUCUAAUGCCCGGGUGUCAAACCCAAGGCCCAGGGGCCAGAUCUGGCCGAGCACUUAAUUUUAUCUGGCCCGCGACAGCAAAUCAAAGAUGUCAACUUUCAUGAUGCUUCCUAAAAUCCCUACCAAAAUGUCAGAUUCACAUUUGUAACAAAUAAAAGUAACACUGUUGUAAACAUUUUCUUGUUACCAAACCCCUCAUGACAGUAACUUCAACAAUAGGUGAAUAAACCAUGAUUCUUGACUUCUUUAUAUGGUUUCAGUCAUAAUGGCCCUCCAAGGGAAACUAACAAAAAUCUGGACCGCGACAAAAAUGAAUUUGACACUCCCGGUGUAAUGCUUCCAAACACAUUCAAUUUCUUGUUUAAUGCUCUUGAAAAAAACAUUGGUACUUGCACAUUGUAUUUAGAGCAGGGGCGGGCAACUCCGGUCCUCAAGUGUCCUCCCUCCUUCAGCACAGCUGAUUCAAAUGAGCAGGAUCUUCUGCACAGCCUGCCGGUGAGCUGAUGUAUUUUAUGCUGGUACCAUGUAUAUAAAUAGAUAUUUGAGAUUACAACAACAACAAAAAGUUCAGGCUCAAGUGACCAUCACUUUUAGUUGUGAAGUGAAUGACAUGCCAGUCACAAGUUCAUCUGCCUCUGUUGCCCACAGCAGUGGUUGGCCAGUGUGCGCAUGUCGGACCACUCAAUCCUUACAUCAUUUUCCUUCCAAUUGCAUUUGUUGUUUGUUUUUUGUAAGGACGCGUUUUAGUUCUGUCAAAAGAAAUCGAAUUUCAUUUGAAUGCAAGUGUGACAAAAAAAAAAGGAUGCGGAUAUUUCUCCGAUACUGACACAUAAUGAUAAUUAAAGUCUAUUUAACACA